AUGACAAAAAAGAAGCCUCUUGGCGUUGGAUUAAGCCGUGAAGAACGUAUGGUGAUGGUAAUUGGUGAAAUCAUUCAGGAAUUGGUCAAAUCGCAUGAUGAAGGAAAGGAUGUAAAUUUAAACCGCUUGAAAACGAAAAUAUCAUCAAAAUAUGGAUUAGAAACAACUCCUAGACUGGUUGAUAUCAUUGCUGCUGUGCCUAAUGAAUAUAAAAAGUCAUUGUUACCAAAAUUAAAGGCAAAGCCUAUUAGGACUGCUUCUGGUAUUGCUGUUGUUGCUGUAAUGUGUAAGCCUCAUAGAUGUCCCCACAUCAAUUAUACAGGAAAUAUAUGCGUCUACUGUCCAGGUGGCCCUGAUAGUGAUUUUGAAUAUUCUACACAAAGUUAUACUGGAUAUGAACCGACAUCAAUGCGUGCAAUUAGAGCUCGAUAUAAUCCAUUUCUUCAAACACGUCAUAGAGUUGAGCAGUUAAAGCAAUUGGGACAUUCUGUAGAUAAAGUUGAAUUUAUAGUUAUGGGUGGAACAUUUAUGAGCCUGUCUGAGGAAUAUCGCGAUUACUUUAUUAGAAACUUACACGACGCACUUUCUGGUCAUACGUCAAAGAAUGUCGCAGAAGCAGUCAAAUAUUCGGAAAAAUCUCAUACAAAAUGCAUUGGAAUAACGAUAGAAACUAGACCUGAUUAUUGUCUUAAGCGUCAUUUAACAGACAUGUUAAACUAUGGAUGUACACGAUUAGAAAUUGGAGUACAAUCAGUUUAUGAGGAUGUUGCAAGAGAUACAAAUCGUGGUCAUACAGUUAAGGCUGUUUCUGAAUCAUUUCAUAUGUCUAAAGAUGCUGGAUUUAAAGUCGUUACUCAUAUGAUGCCUGAUUUACCAAAUAUGGACUAUGAAAGAGACAUCGAACAGUUUAUUGAGUUCUUUGAGAAUCCAGCUUUUCGUGCUGAUGGAUUAAAAAUAUAUCCAACUCUCGUAAUUCGAGGAACUGGAUUAUAUGAGUUAUGGAAAACAGGAAGAUACAAGUCAUAUCCACCAUCAACACUUGUUGAUUUAGUAGCUAAAAUUUUAUCAUUGGUAGCACCGUGGACAAGAGUCUAUAGAGUGCAGCGUGAUAUUCCUAUGCCACUCGUUAGCUCAGGCGUUGAUAAUGGCAACUUGAGAGAAUUAGCAUUAAAUAGAAUGAAGGAUCUUGGAACAGACUGCAGAGAUGUAAGAACUCGAGAAGUUGGAAUUCAAGAAAUUCACAAUAAAGUUCGUCCAUAUGAAGUUGAAUUAAUCAGACGUGAUUAUUAUGCUAAUGGUGGAUGGGAAACAUUCUUAUCAUAUGAAGAUCCAGAUCAAGACAUUUUAGUUGGUCUAUUGCGUUUAAGAAAGUGCUCUGAGCAAACAACUAGACCGGAAUUAGUCGAUAGCUGUUCAAUCGUCAGAGAACUUCAUGUUUAUGGCUCUGUUGUUCCUGUAAAUGCUCGAGAUCCAACAAAGUUUCAGCAUCAAGGAUUUGGAAUGCUUUUAAUGGAAGAAGCAGAAAGGAUUUCACGAGAAGAGCAUGGAAGUUUGAAAAUUGCUGUAAUUUCAGGUGUUGGAACUAGAAAUUAUUACCGAAAAUUAGGAUAUGAACUUGAUGGACCUUACAUGUCCAAAAUGCUUUAA